AUGCAACUUUUUAAUCGUAUAUCACCAAUGCCUGAAAGUUAUUUUAAUUCUCAAACACAAUUAUUUACCUAUCAUGCUUAUAAUUUUAAACAAGAUUAUACUAUUUGUUCAAUCAAAAAAAAUAAAUUUGAUUUUAAUGUUUAUGGUUUUGGUUAUAUUCAACCACAUAAAUUAGUUGCAUUAUGGCAAUAUAGUAUUAUAACGCCAAUGGUUACGAUCGAAAUAGAUGAACAAACGGGAGAACAAAUUCAAAAUGUAACUAUAACAGCUAACGGUGUACGAAUAACUCAAGGUUAUAAACUAUUUUCAAAAUAA